ACACCAAUUCUCUCUCAAUCUUCAAGAGUUCCUCUUGUCACCUGUUCCUUUCUAGUAUCUAUACAAGUGCGUGUUUGGAUCUUGGGAUCAAACAUGGAAACAAAGCCUGUUCUUGAAGUUCUUUAUGACGAAGACAAUUAUUUGGAAUGGAGUGUUCGGGUGAAGACAUAUUUGAUGGCUCAAGAUCUUUGGGACAUUGUAGAAGCAACGAACGAACCUCCUACACCAGAAAAUGAAGCUGCUUUUAAGGCUUGGAGAAAGAUGAAUGCCAUGGCUUUACAUGUGAUCCAAAUUUCAUGCGGGUCAGACACAUUUUCUGAUAUUAUGGAGAUUACUUCGGCCAGAAAUGCUUGGGAAACGUUGGCAGAAAAGUACAAACCUAAAGGUCCUGACCCAAGUAGCAGCAUGGCUUCAGUUCCUUUAGAAGAAGACAAUCUUGACUCAAAUACUAAGUCAGGUACGAUCCAGAUGUCAUCUGAUAUUAGGGAGAUUACUUCAGACAGUAUGGCUUCAGUUCCUUUAGAAGAAGACAAGCUUGACUCAAGUACUAAGCCAGGAGAAAGUGACAAAAAGGGAAACAUUGAUGAUGGCGUUGAGAUUUAUAUGGACUUAUGCAAAUCUUUGCAAAUUGGUGAUUGGAAUGCUGCCAAGGAGUUCCUUAAUCGCCAUCCGCAUGCAAUAAGUGCAAAAAUCACAGUUACGGGCAAGACCGCACUUUAUGUUGCAGCUGAAGCUGGACAUGUGCAUAUAGUGGAGGAGUUGGUAAAGCAAAUGUCUGAAGAAAAUUUGGAAAUAAAAGAUAUUUAUGGUUACACAGCUCUAACUCGGGCAGCUUGUAAUGGAAACUACCGUAUGGCAGAAUGCAUGCUUGGAAAGAAUGAGCGCUUGAUCAGUAUUGGAGAUGACAAUGGAGAUAUUCCAGUUGUUCUGGCUCUUUUCAACGAGCAUUUAAAAUUGGCUCGUUAUCUCUAUUUGCUCACUCCGCUAGAAAUUCUAGUGCCAGAAAAUGGCACCAUCGGGGCUACAGUUGUUUGCGAGGCAAUAUAUAACAAAGCUUUGGAUAUUGCUUUGGAUUUAGUCAACCGUUGUCCACGUUUGGUUGUUGCUCAAGACAGAUAUGGUGACUCCCCUUCUUAUGCACUGGCUUUUAUGCCUGAUUAUUUCCUAAGUGGAAAUCGGCUCGUAUUUUGGAAACGAUGGAUCUAUUCCGGUAUUCAUAUUCAAUCGGGUGGUCCCAUCAAUGAUAUUCGUUUGAACAUUCAAAAACCUGUGAGAAACGGAAGUCGAAGCAAUGGUAAAGAAAUUAUUGGAUCAGGGAUAUAUUCAUUGAGCCAGCUAGUUUCAAAUCUCCGAUCUCUCUUGGGUAUCGAGCAUCUAUAUGAAAUGAAGUUGGCCCAUUUCCUAUCCCGUGAACUCCUCAGUCGCAUGAAGGACCAGAUAAUGAUUUCAAAUGAUCAACAAAGAACGACUGGUGGGGUUUAUGACGCCAUCCUCCGUGCAAUCAAGGAAGGGAUUUUUGAGUUUGUUUUUGAUAUUGUGAAAGCGGAUCCACAACUUGUGUGGAGCCAUGAUGAAAAAUCCACCAGCAUUUUUUCGGUUGCAGUCCAAAAUCGUCAUGCCAAAAUCUUUAGCCUUAUCUAUGGUCUUGAUGUUAAAAGCGCUUUGGCAAGUGGUAGAGAUUCCUCCAACAAAAAUAACUUAUUACAUAUGGCAGGGAUGUUAGCACCUUCUACUUCAGUUAAUGACAUCCCAGGUGCAGCUUUGCAGAUGCAAAGAGAACUACAAUGGUUUAAGGAGGUGGAGAGCAUUGUCCCUCCCAAGGUUCAUGCAUAUGUAGACAAAGAUGGUUUGACUCCCCGAGAAUUGUUUACAAAAAACCAUAAGGACAUGAGGAAAGACGGAGAGCAAUGGAUGAAGGACACAGCAACAUCUUGUACUGUGGUGGGUGCUCUGAUUGUUACCAUUAUGUUUGCUGCAGUAUUUACCAUUCCAGGUGGUAACGACCAAAAUACAGGCUUCCCAAUUUUCUUAAAUAAAAAAUUAUUUAUGGUCUUUAUUGUAUCCGAUGCUCUCUCACUCUUUUCUUCCUCAACUUCAGUCUUGAUGUUUUUGGGAAUCCUCACAUCUCGUUAUGCGGAAGAGGAUUUCCUUGAGUCCUUGCCUAGAAAGAUGAUAAUAGGCCUUUCCACCCUUUUCUUCUCUAUUGCGGCCAUGAUGAUAGCCUUUUCUGCUACUCUUUUUCUUAUGCUACAUGAACAAUCAUGGAUUUUCAAACCUGUCAUUUGUUUGGCUAGUAUUCCUAUCACCCUCUUUGUAUUGAUGCAAUUCCCUCUUCUUGUUGCCAUGGCCAUUUCAACUUACGGACCUAGCAUCUUUAAUAGGAAAAUGAAGCGUUGGUUUUAACAUAUUCAUUAAUUGUGCUAUAUGAUGUACUGGUGUCCUAUAAAUAAUUGGCAUAUACCAAGCAAAGAUGAAGUUUUUCUUUCUUUUUCUUUUUUUCUUGGAAGGUA